ACUGUGAAUCCAGCCUUCAACAUGCACAAAGAGUUUGCUUCUAAUAGUCCAGUUUAAUAAACUGUUUUUUUUUUCACAACAAAGUCUUCCUCUGGAAAAGAUAAAAGAUUACCACUUUAUGUUUAAAGCACAUUUGGUUGUACAGAUGUGGAGAAAUAUAAGAGAAGGAGACAUCUCCUUAAUAUUAUAAUCCAUUUUUUUUCAUAAGCUUCAAGUGCACAAAGAAGCCCCUCAAUACUUCACUAUGGCAGGUCACAGAGGAAGCAUGAUGCCAGCACUGUGUUUAUGGGUGGUUUUUCUGCUUACUCUCUUUUACACAGGAAAGGUACAGGCAGACUGCUGGUUGAUUGAAGGUGACAAAGGUUUUGUUUGGCUGGCAAUCUGCAGCCAGAAUCAGCCACCUUAUGAGUCUAUACCACAGCACAUUAAUAGUACCAUUGUGGACCUGAGACUGAAUGAGAACAAAAUAAAGAGUGUCCACUACUCAUCUCUCAGCCGCUUUGGCAACCUGACGUACCUCAACCUCACAAAGAAUGAGGUUUCCUACAUAGAAGAUGGAGCUUUUGCAGGUCAGUUCAAUCUGCAGGUUCUUCAGCUUGGUUACAACAGACUGAGAAAUCUUACAGAGGGAAUUCUAAGGGGAUUAGGCAAGUUGGAGUAUCUCUACCUCCAAGCAAACCUCAUUGAAACUGUGACUCCUAAUGCCUUUUGGGAGUGCCCAAACAUAAUGAACAUUGACUUAUCCAUGAAUCGUCUCCAGAGAUUGGACAGUAAUACCUUUGUUGGCCUCAGCAAACUGACUGUAUGUGAGUUGUACAGUAACCCUUUUUAUUGCUCCUGUGAGCUCUUGGGCUUCCUGAGGUGGUUGGACAUAUUCACAAACAUGACACGAACCUUUGACCGCAUGCAAUGCGAUUCUCCACCAGAUUAUUCUGGCUACUACUUGUUGGGCCAAGGUAGGUCCAACUAUCGUAAUGCUCUUGGUAUGCUGUCUUCACUCUGCACAGAUGGCUCGUAUACAAUGAGCCCACACUUAAUGUCUCCAAGGUACCAAGUAACUACAGGUCCUCCUGAAGGCCCAUGUCCUGAAGAUGACUGUUUCUCUGGAGAUGGUACUACACCAUUGAUUAAUUUAAACACACCUCCAGCUAAUUCCAAGGUUAGCCUGAAAGUCAAUUUAAACACAGAAACACACAGAGAUGCAGUUCUGGUGGCAGACAUACCCUACCCAUACAGUAAGAUGUACAUCUUAGUCCAAUACAAUAACAGCUUCUAUACAGACAUUCAAAACCUGAAGACAGAAAAAGAGUUCAUAAAGUUGGAUGGUUUAAAAGCCAACACACAUUACACUUACUGUGUGGCAUCCAUUCGCAACUCUCUUAGGUUCAACCACACUUGUAUAGACUUCUACACACGCAGCCAUGCAAAACCAGAACCUGUGCCUACGCCAUCCACUGCCACCCAUUAUAUUAUGACUAUCCUUGGUUGCCUGUUUGGUAUGGUGAUCAUCUUGGGGAUUGUGUAUUAUUGUCUACGCAAGAGACGUCAAAAAGAGGAGAAGCACAAAAAGGCAGGGAGUAGCAUGAAAAAGACAAUCAUUGAGUUGAAGUAUGGCCCAGAAAUGGAGACACCUAGCAUCACUCAGCUGUCACAGGGGCAAAUGAUGGGCCCAGAGACAAUAUCACGCAUACCCUAUUUGCCUUCAGUGGGGGAAGUUGAGCAGUACAAAUUAAUAGAAAGCAGUGAGACACCUAAAGCUACAAAAGGUAACUAUAUGGAGGUGCGGACUGGAGAGCAGUCUGAGAGAAGAGAUUGUGAGUUGUCAAUGCAAUCAGACACACAAAGUUCUGUGGCAGAGAUCUCCACAAUUGCAAAAGAGGUAGACAAAGUCAAUCAGAUAAUCAACAAUUGCAUAGAUGCCUUGAAAUCAGAGUCUACAUCAUUUCAGGGUGGGAAGUCUGGUGCAGUGUCUACAGCAGAGCCACAGCUGGUACUAAUCUCAGAACAGAUACCAAGCAAGCAUGGUUUUCUCUCACCAGUAUACAAGGAAAGCUACACCCACCCUUUACAAAGGCAUCACAGCAUGGAGGCUCCUCCGAAACGCUCUAGCACCUCCUCAAGUGGAUCUAUUCGUAGUCCCCGGUCUUUUCGCUCUGAAGGGUCGACUCAUAAGUCUGAAGCUAAAUACAUUGAGAAGACUUCCCCUACUGCUGACACCAUCCUCACUGUGACUCCAGCUGCUGCCAUCUUAAGAGCAGAGGCAGAGAAAAUCCGCCAGUAUACAGAACACCGGCAUUCCUAUCCAGGUUCACACCAAGCUGAGCAGCAGCAACAGCAACAGCCACCUCCACAACAUGAAAACCUUGGAGGACGCAAAACUUCCAUACUGGAACCUUUAACUCGACCUCGGCCCAGAGAGCUGGCUUAUUCCCAACUCUCACCUCACUACCAUAACCUGAGCUAUUCCUCCAGCCCAGAAUAUACAUGCAAACCCUCUCACAGCAUCUGGGAGCGUUUCAAACUGCAUCGCAAGCGCCACAAAGAAGAAGAGUACAUGGCGGCCGGGCACGCCCUGCGCAAAAAGGUCCAGUUUGCCAAAGAUGAGGAUCUCCAUGACAUCCUAGACUACUGGAAGGGCGUCUCUGCCCAGCACAAGUCCUGAGUCCUCACCUCUUUCCCUCAUCUUCAACUACUCGUGACUUAACAUCCUUUCAUUACCAUUAACCCUGCCCCAGCCAGAGACACCAGCAGAGCAUUGUAGGUGCAACACUCUGCCGGUCUCUUUAGCAGAAAAGAGGUUAACAGGACCAAAAUCAAACUAGCAGCAGCUAAUUUUUACUCAAGACUAUGUAAAAGAAUGAAUAAAUAAAGAGAAAUAUAAAAUUAUUAUAUAUCAUAUAGAAAAAUAAAAUUGCUUAAAAAAUGAAUGGUCUCACGUUUCGUGAGCAUAUGCACCAAAUUGGAAAAGAAAAAAAAAUACGCUAAAACUGUGAAGAGGAAUUAAUUUUUUUAAUAAAAAAAGAAUUAAAAAAAAAAGAAAAAAAAGGAGGAAGUGAGGAGAGAGAUUUUCCGAAAUGAACUGAACUCUGUUCGCAUUAUCGCAUGUUAUUUCAUACUUUGACUUGCGUGGUUUGACUUGUGUGACAUUUCGUUCCUUUCCUACCACUAACACAGGACAAAAUAUAUAAAAUGACUGGAAUUGACUUUAUAUCCUUACUUUAUUUUGAUUUGUAAAAUUACUGAGUCUUCCAGUGCAGACUUUGCCCAUAAGAAGGCUCUAAAAACCACAUUCAGCUGCAUUCAAAACUGUGAUCACUAUUACUCUGUACAGAUAAAAAAAAAUCUAUAUUUGCAUUGUUUCCUGUAAAGAGAGAGAACAAAUAAGAGAAAAAAUAUACUUAUAUCUUAACCCUUUGGUUGGUAUCUGGGCAUGUAACAAAAUGUUGCAAGUCACACUUGCAGCCAAGGGGUUAAUCAACACCCUGUUUGUAUAAGGUUUUAAUCAUGGGUUUUAGAAAUAUUAUGGCUGUUUUUUAUUAUUUCACUUUAUUUUGUUUACAAAAAAAAAAUGAAAGAAUUAUCUGUU